AUGGAGCACAACCACUUCAAAGUCCUCCAUCCCCUCCUCAAACUGCUUGCCUUAGGACUAGAGUUGCCGGAGAAUACUUUCGUCGACCAGCAUCGAUACCAAGCUGAAGGCAAGAAAUUUGGCAAGUACUUGUUAAUACAUGUUAGCUACUACUACCCUCGCUCAGACAGCGACGAGGAGAAAACCAAGAACGUUUGGAUGAAGGGGCAUACCGACGGCGGCACUGUCUCCCUCUUGUGGAGUCAACCUAUCAUUGCACUCCAACUCAUGUCUCCUGACGGCAAAUGGCGCUAUGUUCAACAUGUCCCGAAUGGAAUUAUUGUCAACCUUGGCGAUGCAAUGGAGAUGCUUUCCGGAGGUUAUUAUAAGGCGGCCAUCCAUCGUGUCUUCCAACCGCCUAGCGACCAAAGAGGCUAUUCUCGCCUCGGGCUCUUCUACUUCGCCUAUACUGACGACGAUGUGCGCCUCGUACCGUAUGAAGAGAGUCCCGUCUUGCAGCGGGUCGGUAUCAGGAGACAAUGUGAUGACAAGGAUGCACCAACGAUGAAAGAGUGGAGCAUUAUCCGCGCGACGUUGUAUGGUAAUUCGGAGACUACAAGGCAGGAUGACGGUAUGGAGGUGCAGAUCGUGGACGGGCUGGUGAUCAAGCACUGGAACUGA